AAAUCAAAGUACACCUUUAUUGGCAGUCAGCUUUAUUUACAGGCAUUCUAGUAUCGUCUUUGUUUUCUUAAUAAUCAUGGCCACAAAAACAUUUUAAAAUGAAGAUUGCUGCAAGAGUUGUGUGUUUGUUAGUUAUUGCUGCCGUAGUCUACAGUCUCUUGUACAUGUCAUUUAUCAGACCGGUGAUGAAUAGUGACAACAGGUCACAAACGCCAGAAAACUUGGAGGUUCUCAGAAGACUGAAGAGAAUAGAAGAUCAAGUUCAUAAAAUAGCCAGAGUAAUAGAGGUUAAAAAUCAAGAGGUCAAAGAGGCUGUAGUGGAACAGAAACUUACAACAAAGAAGCUGUAUCCACAUUCACCUCUCUUCAGUUCAUGGGGAGCUGAACUCACAGAGAAGGAACAGAUGGAAGCAGAGAGGCAGUUUCAGGAGUUUGGAUACAAUGUGUUCCUCAGUAACAGAUUACCAUUGAACAGAGCAAUCCCUGAUACUCGAAACAUCAGAUGUAGUGUGAAGAUCUACCCUAAGGACCUGCCAACAAUUAGUGUGAUUCUGAUCUACUUUAAUGAGGCUCUGUCAGUCAUUAAAAGGGCAAUCCGCAGCAUCAUUGACAAAACUCCUGCUCGUCUGCUAAAGGAGAUCAUCCUGGUAGACGACUACAGCUCCAAUGAGGAUCUGAAAUUGGCUCUGGAUAAAUAUAUUGAUGUAUUUAAUAAAGACAAACCUGGCUUAAUCAAGAAAGUGAGACAUGAAAGGCAGAUGGGGCUUGCUAAAGCAAGAAUCUCAGGCUGGAAAGCGGCCACAGGUCAGGUGGUGGCCAUUCUGGAUGCGCACAUUGAAGUUAAUUUGGAAUGGGCAGAGCCACUACUUGCAAGAAUCAAAGCAGACAGGACAGUAGUGCUGUCUCCAGUGUUUGACAAUGUGCGUUUUGACACACUGGAGGUUAUUGAGUAUAUUGCAUCUGCUCAUGCGUUCGACUGGAACCUCUGGUGCAUGUAUGAGUCCUUCCGGCCAGAAUGGUACAACAACAACGAUCCAUCAGUACCAGGGAAGAGUCCCUCAAUCAUGGGUAUUCUUGUUGCCGAUCGCCAGUUCCUGGGAGAAAUUGGAGUUUUGGAUGAAGGGAUGACAAUUUAUGGCGGGGAAAAUGUUGAACUUGCAAUACGUGUCUGGCUCUGCGGUGGGAGCAUUGAAGUGGUGCCGUGUUCAAAGAUCGCUCACAUUGAAAGAGAACAUAAGCCAUAUUCACGAGAUCUCAGCAAACCCAUGCUCCGAAACGCCCUGAGAGUGGCUGAAAUCUGGCUGGAUGAAUACAAAUCAAAUGUGAAUAUUGCCUGGAAUCUCCCUCUUCAGAAUCAUGGGAUUGAUAUUGGCAAUGUAACUGAAAGAAAAAUGUUACGAGAGAAACUUAAAUGUAAGCCCUUCAAAUGGUAUCUGGAAAAUGUAUAUCCUCUCCUAAACAGCUGGGAAGACAUAAUUGCUUAUGGUGCGCUGAAGAAUAACAUCAAGGAAAAAUACUGUAUUGAUCAAGGUGAAGUUCCUGGAAGUGUACCUAUUCUGUAUGAAUGUCAUUACUAUGACCCUCAGCAUUGUUAUUACAACCGUAAUGGAGAGAUCUACAUCGGAGGCAUCAAAUCUCACACGUAUAACUCGAACCGUUGUCUAAUGGAUUCUGGUAGUGGAAAUACACCAGCAUUGCAUGACUGCAAAAAUGCCAAGGAGAAAGGACUGGGGAUAUACUGGGACUUUUCUCAGGGAAGUGCGAUAAGGAACAGAAACACAAAUCGAUGUCUUGAGAUCGGACAAGGGGAGGAUUCCUACUACCGUCUUAUUUUGCAAACAUGCACAGGGCAAAAAUGGACAAUACAACAUGUUAUCAAAGACUUUUAAAAGGAUAUUUGUACAGAAGCGAAAAUAAAGUAAAAGUAAAUAAUAUAGUAAACGUAACAACGUGUGUACAAGUAUGUGAAUGGAAAUAUGCAUUUGAUUGUGUUCUUUUUUUGAAUUCUUUUUUAUUUGAUGUUUAGGUCAUGUUGAAAUACAUAGGCCUAACAUUUCAAAAUGUUGCUCAAAUACAGUAAAACAAUAUUACACAAUAUAUGUCGGUGCACAGCAUAACAAAUACAAACGCAAGAUAAUCAUUAAAAAAAAUACUAUUCUAAAAUACUAUUCUUCCAUUUUCAGUGGAGUUUAGCACGCAAAGGCAAUAAUAAAAACGGGAUCAACGCAAAAA